CCUUUGAACCAAUCGUCGUGUCAAAUUAGAGUUGAAUCGGCAACAAAAUAAAAGACGAAUCGUAAGCAGAAACAUCCGGCGACAGAGUGCAGCUAGCAGUAAUUAAAAAUUUUAAAGGCCGUUUUACCAGUCAGUCUUCGUCACUCACCACUUAUCGAUCAAACUUACUAUCUGCUCUAUACAAUGUACUAUCAACUCAAUAUUUGACAUUCACCAAGUGUAUUACUCAUUUAGAACAUGGACACUUCGUUAUAUAACUUCAUACAAGAAAUCACCAAUGAUUGCAAAAAAAGAAAUAUCAAUGUAUCCGAAGAAUUUGUGGCAUUUUUACUGUCACUUAUAUCAUUGAAUUCAACUUAUCAAGUGGACGAUCAUAAAGAUGAGACGAACAGUGAAAAGAAAAUACGUGCAGCCGUAAUAGAAAAAUUGCUUGAUCAAUCUGGGCCCAGCCUUCUGACGUUGAAGACUCAAUUCCACUUUGCCAAACAUUAUAUAGACAGAGAUAGUAUUAUUAAAAAGCACAGAGAUCGUCUUAUAUAUAAAACUGCACCAUUGGUUAAAGAAAUUUGUGAUGUAAAUAAGCUAGAUAAUACAAAAGAAAUGGAAGUAUUGUACCAGAAAAUGCUUGUAGUUAUUACACUUUUAAGUGGCUUAGGGAAUCCGACACUUCCUGUGGUGCUAAGAGAAGUUGCUAUCGCCCUGCAAAGCGUUCUUCAGCCUUCGGAGCUUCCGCGCUAUGUUACUUUAUCAAAGCCAGCGAAGGAAGAACAAUUGAUGGAGCUAGUUUUUAUCGUAGCAGGCAUUCGCCUCUUUAACCGCGAUUGCCAGCGCGGCGGCAGCGAUAUCGACGAUCUGCCGAGCAUUUUACAGGCAGGCGUGAAUAGGACACACUCAUCAAUUAUUCAAUUACUCGAAAUGCUCAUGGGAAAAGUGUAUAAAUUCACUGCUGCCAUUGAAGCUGCCAUACACAAUCGCGUCGAAUUCGAAAACGAUCUUGAGUUAAAAGAUAUUAUGUGGUCUAUAGAAAUGCUCCUUGCUAGUAGGCAACUGGAAAUUUAUGUAAGAAAAUUACUAGCAGAUCUACAACUCUGUAAUGAGGAAAUACGAUGUUUGAUAUGUGGCUUCAAAAAUCGACUAAUCCAACUUCAUGAAAUGGUGAAAUAUAGAACAGCUAUUCCUACUGCGCAAGUCUAUCCACAAUUUAAAGACCUUGCUAACAUUUGGCUGAAAUUGCAAGACGAAGUUAUUACUUUAAGCUAUAUCAAUGAAAUGCUUUGGAAAUUGCAAUGCUUUUUUCCCAAGAUUGUAGAUACUCAUCAUCGUACUAUUUUAAACAAACUACUGAACAAGGUUCAAGUAGUGUCCGAUGCUGAACGAAUGGAGAAAACUAUGGGAAAACUAAUAGUGGAUUGUGGAAACUGUUCUCUAGCUUAUCCUAGUCACAACAACAAUUUCAGUCAAAUGAAUCUACAAUUUCUUGGUUUUUGUAUUUGGAGUUUUGUUGUUGGAAAUGGGGCAUUAAUCCCAGGAAAUCCAAACAUUGGUGUAGCCGAAUGGAGAGGCAAGUGGUUCGCUUUUUGUUCUAUCGAGGCAGCUCGACAGUUUGGAGAAUAUCCAGACAGAUUUUUACAAACAGCUUUGGAUAUUGUAAAGAUGCAUGAAGAGUAUAUUCAUUUUUUUCAACUUUAUAAAGAUAUUCAAACCAUGAAUCGUGAAGAAAGGUUAUCAGCAGAAUAUUUCCCAUUUAAAAUUAGUCAAAAUCAAGAAGUUCAAACGGAAACACAUGUUUUUCCUGCAUUUAUUGAUAUUAAUUAUUCAUCAAGUCUUUGGGUACACCGACAAAGAGCUCUGCAAUUUGCAAAUAUUUGUCAAUGUAUGACACGAAGUACACAGACAAUCAAGUCGCACUUUAGAACUGAUAUUUAUUUACAAACAUUAAUGCCAAAGGAAAAAGAAGUUCAGACGCCAAAGGAGAGUGGUACAAAUCCAAAGAAGUUAAACAAGUGUAUAUUUGGUCUUCGAAGCAAAAAUAAUGUGCAAUUUAUUAAUUAAACUUUGAACAAAUAAAAAACUAAUGCCUAAGGUUUUGUC